CAGACGCAGGAGCACGCCGUUUGUUUUUCGUACUGGCGCUAUAAGCAAGCCUACUUUUCCUGGUGACCCCACGCAAGCUACAUUAACAUUUUCUCGAUUUUUGUAAUCAAGUUCAGAAUGCCAAGAAAACGAGCUCAUAACAAACGGAAUGUCCAUCAGAGGUGGUGCCAAACAUUACAACAUUCCUCGCUCAACACUAGGUCUUCAUCAUAGAUCGGAAAAUCCCGUAAGAAAACUUGGAAGGUCGACAACAUUAUCUGCAGCACGUGGUAAGAAUUCACAGAUUAGCUGAGGUAGGAAUGCAAGCAAAAUUUUAAUGAAAAGUGUUUUUUCUUUUGCUACAAAAAAUGACAUACC